UAAAAUUGACGUUUUAAUAACCUCAAAUUUUGAUUCAAUAUUGUUCGUUGCAUUUAUGAAUAAAAACAUAUUAGCAUAACUUUCACUUAUUCAAAGUUCUUCAUGUAUAACUGUUUUCCAUGACGCUGCAACUACUACUACUAUUACCAACUGAAAAUUGUUCACAUUAUUUCAGUUUUCGUCGCCAUUGUACGUUCUUACGUAGCGAAUACCGUUAUACGGAGUGGGGAUUGCGACGCGCGAGGGGGGUAGUACGUAUCAGCGCCGUUGGAGCGCGAGUUCACUCUGUCACUCGGUCAUUACGGUAUUUCUAUACAGCGCGUCCUACAUUCGCGAUCGUGAAAGAAAGAAUGACAAUGCCCGAAAAAACACAAUUUCAGCGUCUUCCUCGAUCCGUGGUUCCUAAACAUUAUGAUUUGGAAUUAAUUCCGAACCUUGGGAAAUUCACAUUCACGGGAAAAACAGCAGUGAAAGUUUCGGUCUUGAGAUCAACUAGUGAAAUAGUGCUGAAUUGUUUGGAUUUAGAGCUUAACAAUGUCAAACUGCAAUAUGAAGGUGGUUCAGAGCCCAUCACCCCAAUCGAAGUUCGGCUUAACACUGCAGACGAAACUGCGACAAUUUUAUUUGACCGCCCACUUGAGGAAGGAGAGGCGACGCUGCAUUGCGAGUUUAAAGGCGAGAUCAACGACAAAAUGAAGGGCCUCUACCGCAGCAAGUACCUGACCCCUAGUGGCGAAGAGCGUUAUGCGGCUGUCACGCAGUUUGAAGCCACAGAUGCUCGUCGCUGUUUUCCCUGCUGGGACGAACCUGCCAUUAAAGCUACAUUUGACAUUACUCUCGAAGUACCUGCUGACCGAGUAGCUUUAUCCAAUAUGCCUGUCAAAGAAGAGAAACUAAAGGGAGAGCUCAAGAGAAUUCAUUACGACACUACUCCUAUAAUGUCCACUUACCUUGUAGCUUUUGUUGUGGGUGAAUAUGACUAUGUGGAGAAAAAGUCACGUGAUGGUGUUUUAGUGAGAGUGUAUACACCAGUAGGUAAGAGCAAACAGGGUUUGUUUGCUCUGGAAGUGGCUGCAAGAGUACUCCCUUAUUAUAAGGAGUAUUUCGAUAUAGCCUAUCCUUUGCCAAAGAUUGACUUGAUUGCUAUAGCUGAUUUCUCUGCUGGUGCUAUGGAGAAUUGGGGCUUAGUGACAUACAGAGAGACUUGCUUGCUAGUGGAUGAAGAACACACUUCAGCUGUAAGGAGACAGUGGAUAGCUUUAGUAGUGGGCCAUGAGCUGGCUCACCAGUGGUUUGGCAACCUGGUCACCAUGGAGUGGUGGACACAUCUUUGGUUAAAUGAAGGUUAUGCAUCAUUUGUGGAAUUCCUCUGUGUCAAUCAUCUGUUCCCUGAAUAUGAUAUUUGGACUCAAUUUGUUACAGAAAAUUAUAUCAGAGCAUUAGAAUUGGAUUGUUUGAAAAACUCCCAUCCCAUAGAAGUUCCUGUAGGGCAUCCAUCAGAGAUUGAUGAAAUAUUUGAUGACAUAUCAUACAACAAGGGUGCAUCUGUAAUCCGCAUGCUUCAUAAAUACAUAGGGGAUGAUGACUUCCGUAAAGGCAUGAACAUUUAUCUCACAAGACAUCAGUACAAAAAUACAUUCACUGAGGAUUUAUGGGCUGCUUUGGAAGAGGCUUCUAAUAAACCCGUUGGAGCUGUUAUGUCUACAUGGACCAAACAAAUGGGAUUCCCUGUAGUAGAGGUGAGCUCAGAACAAAUAGGCUCUGACAGAGUUCUAAAGCUGACACAGCAGAAAUUCUGUGCUGAUGGCAGUCAAGGUGGGGAUACACUUUGGAUGGUGCCAAUUACAAUCUCAACACAGGAGCAACCUUCUAAGGUAGCACUUUCCACUGUGUUAGAAAAGAGGCAACAAGAAGUUGUCUUGAAAGAUGUAGCAGAAUCUUCUUGGGUUAAACUUAACCCUGGUACAGUGGGAUACUAUAGAACUCGCUACCCAGCCUCAAUGCUGGCGCAGUUGGUAACAGCCAUCCGCGACGGGUCGCUACCGCCACUUGAUCGUCUAGGUCUCCUGGAUGACUGCUUCGCCUUAGUGCAGGCUGGCCAUACGCCGACCGCCGAGUCUUUGAAACUUAUUGAAGCUUUUACUAACGAAACAAACUUCACUGUGUGGUCUUCAAUUUCCAAUUGCUUGUCAAAACUGAGUGCCUUAUUUUCGCAUACACCCCUUGACAAGCCCUUAAAGAACUAUGGUCGCAAGCUAUUUUCGAACAUAACUCGACGCUUGGGUUGGGAUGCUGAGGAAAAAGAGAGCCAUCUUGACACAUUGCUCCGAAGUUUGGUUCUCAACAAAAUGAUCAGCUUUGAAGACCCAGACACUAUUAAAGAAGCAAAGAGCCGCUUCGAAAAGCACAUAUCGGGUGCGUGCACUCUGCCGGCGGACCUACGGUCGGCGUGCUACCGCGCGGUGCUCGCCGACGCGGACGAGGCCACGUUCCAGCGUUUCCUGGAGCUGUACCGUGCUGCCGAUUUGCAUGAGGAAAAGGACCGCAUUAGUCGCGCGCUUGGUGCUGUUAAUGAUCCGACACUGCUGAAAAAAGUCCUCGACUUUGCUAUCUCGGAUGAAGUGAGGUCUCAAGAUACAGUUUUCGUCAUAGUUUCGGUGGCGGUCAGUAAAAAUGGUCGUGAUCUUGCUUGGGAGUUCUUCAAAGACCAUUGGCAACAAUUUAUGGACAGAUACCAGGGAGGCUUCUUGCUCGCUCGAUUGGUAAAGUCUACUACGGAAAACUUCGCUUCUGAGACGAGUGCGCAAGAGAUCGAACAGUUCUUCCGUACUCACCAGUCUCCCGGCACGGAGCGGUCAGUGCAGCAAGCUCUCGAGACCGUGCGACUCAACGCAGCCUGGUUACGCCGGGACCUCGCUUUGACCACGGCAUACCUGCAACCCUACCAUUGACCGCAACCGGUAUAUCCCCAGUAACUUACCGAUUCUAAGCUAUGAUGUAGAGUAAAAUAUAACGUGUCGCCGAUAAAUACUAUUUUUGUUAUAUUAUCAAUAGUAAAUUAUUUUCAGGACCAAAUGACACAAGACUGAAAAAACUACAACGAAAUCUACAGAAAUGUUGCAUCUAGCAUUAUUUAUUUCCAAUUACGAAAUUUAACAUUAUUAUGAAUGGCUCAACAAUUCAGUGUCCACUAUUCGACUGUAGCUAGCUGUAAAUUACGAGAUAAUGACAACUAAAUAUGCGGCAAAGACUCGCUCUCUCUGGGACCAGUCAUUGGCUCUGAAUACGCGUGCGUGUAUAUCUAGUGCGAUUAGGAGAGACGUGGUCAGCCUUGCUGUCAUUUUUUAAACUUUUUAUUUUCCCCAUAUUUUAGUUGUUCCCAUCUUUAUCUUUGGUGAAGUAUACAGAGACGCGGGGAACGAAUGUUUUUCAAAGUUAUGUUGGAAAUCAGAGCACCUUGAGGUGCUUUCUGGAUCUGUAUCCCCGCACGGCAGCAUGUUGAUUGAUGUUUUAAUAUUUGGAAGACUGACGUAUCUACUAAAAGUGUCGGUAAUCCUCUAAACCGCGUAAUCCUCUCUCUACUAAAGCAGAAACUAGUAGACACAGUCGGCAUGAGUUUAUCAUGGAGGCGCUAAGUUUUAGACGCUCAUAAUCUGUAUUAUAUCGGCGCACCACUUUAUGCAGUAAAGAAGAGUUCUCAGUCCUAUGCCCUCAGAUACCGCUCUUCGUACACGUUCGAUCAAUUGAUUAAUAGUGUCAAACCAUUGCGCUAUGCUUCUUGGUCUGGUGACUCAAAGGUUUUCAAUCUGUCUGAUUUAUCUGCAUUCAAUAUCCUAUUUAAGCUUUGCAAAAGUGGUGAGAAAGAUUGGAUCCGUCUAUCUCAUACUGACUGGUCAUGGGCUAUCUUCUUCAAUAGGGAGAUGAGGAUGUACUAUGAGAAGUAUCUUUCUACAUGCUCAUCACCAAAGUGUUGCAUUAUCAAAUCUAUUAUCGUUGUAUCAAAAUAUCGCCUUAAAAUAUAGUUAACCCUCCCAUUGAGUUGAAUAUUGGAGAAAUAUCACUUCUUACCCAAAUAAACAAAAUUUCAGGAAUCACCACUUCACGUAAUGAUCUCUCAUAAACAAAUUCACGCGUUUUUCUGUGUUAUACGGUUGGUUCGAGUUAUUGGGAAUUGUUGUUAAAUUGGUAGUUAACUGUAGUUUUAUUAAAGUUAGUAGUAAGCAGUCAGGCAGACCUUUUAAAAAGUUGAUUUUAUUGUUAAUUCGCAAGUUAGUAAUUUUGAUCGAAACUACAAAUUAAAGCUGUGUAGAUUUACUAUUAACCGAUUUUAGUAAGAGUGGUAGCGCAUAGAGUAGUUUACAUUCAAUAUUAUUUCUAAAUAAGCCAUUCUUGCAUGUACUUGUUUUUUAUUACAAAACAAUUAAAGUUACAAAUAUUUAUCCUUACCUAAUAUUGUUUUUUUUUUAAUAAAAUAUUAUGUUAAGAGGCUUGUAACACUGGUGUCAAUCACCUCGUAAAAUAUUUAUGUUUUCUGUAAAACUUAUUUUCCGCCUGGUAGCAAGACCUUUCAGGCUUUUUCCGUGCAUUAUAUUUUGUAAAUGUGUAUAAAUAUUAUUUAAUUUUUGUUGAUCAUAUCGAGUGUUUUACAUCGGUGCUGAGUGCAGUUUUGUUUAGUUUCAGUUCUGUAGUGACAUAAUUCACUAAUUGAAGUUUGUGCAAUUCUUUCAUAUUUAAAAAUUACAUUUUAUGAAAUGUAAUCUAUUUAAAGGUAUUCUAAUGCACAUUAUUUUACUUCUAACAAUCUGCAUAUAAAGAAUUAUGUUUUAAGUAUUUUAAUUUGCCUUGAGUACCUUAAAUUGUUGCUUUUGUUAGUAGUAAAUAAUGGGUGUUAAAAUCAUUCCUGGUUAUUUAAUUAUUGACAUGCAAGCUUAGUCAAAAUUGUGAUUUUGGGGCUAAUACAAUAUAAAGUUACCAUUAGUAUCGCAUUUGUUGUCAUCACUGAUUUGUUUUGUAAGACUGUGUUAUCGCAAUAAAUCGUACAAAAUA